GAGUAUAUUGUCAAAAAGUAUCGGCUGACAGAGCCAUCGCUGGCCUCACAGAACACGACCGCCCAUCUCUAUUGCGUUUCGAAUAUUUCAUUUAUAGGCACGGGCACGGUAGACUCGAUACGAACAGGCAAAAGUUCAAAAUUAUUCCUCAAAAUUAUAAGUAAACGCCCCGCGCGCAUCCCUCCGCCCAAUUUGGGGAGCUCGUUAUUUCGGUGGUUCCCGGAUAUACCGGAAAAGGGUCUGUUAAUCGCGAAGUUUUCCCCAUGAAGCGCUGAAUCAGAACGACCGACAGCAGCAACAACGCAACAGAAACGAGCGGAUAAAGAAAACACAGCAAAAUGAUAGAACCGCCGAAAUUCAUCGAGAAUGAUUGCUACAACGGCAGCCGGACCUUCACUUGGCUGGCAGAUAUGGUGGGCCUCUCCGUGGACCUCGUAAACUUUUUGAUUUGCCAAAUAUCGGCUCUCUUUUUGGCGUCGCUCUUCCGGUCGAUGCUGCAUCCUUCGAAGGUUUCCAGCAAAUUGCGUCACACAUUCGCUCUAUCGAUUGGCCUGGCCUUCGGCUACUUUUGCUUUGGUCAGCAGGCAAUCCACAUUGCCGGAUUGCCGGCAAUAUGUUACAUCGUCAUCCGCACCCAAGAUCCGCGCAUUGUUCAAAGAGCCGUACUGCUGGUAGCCAUGAGUUAUCUGCUGUGCGUACAUCUGAUGCGCCAGCUAUACGAUUACGGAUCCUAUGCCCUGGACAUAACCGGGCCACUAAUGAUCAUCACUCAGAAAGUAACCAGCCUGGCGUUCAGCAUUCACGAUGGCUUUGUGCGGGGCGAUGAGGAACUCACCAAGGCGCAGCAGUACCAUGCCAUUCGUAAAAUGCCCUCUGCUUUGGAGUACUUUUCCUACGUGUGGCACUUCCAAAGCAUCCUAGCCGGUCCUCUCGUUUUCUACAAGGACUAUAUCGAGUUCGUCGAAGGCUACAAUUUGCUGAGCACUCCACCGGGCAAUGGCAAUCUCGACAUCAGCAAGAGAGAAGUAGUACUGGAACCUUCGCCGACUAAAGCGGUAAUACGUAAAGUGGUUGGUAGUCUUGUAUGCGCUUUCAUCUUCAUGAAGUUCGUGAAAAUAUAUCCCGUGAAAGACAUGAAGGAGGAUGACUUUAUGAACAAUACUAGCAUGGUCUACAAGUACUGGUACGCCAUGAUGGCUACCACCUGCAUACGCUUUAAGUAUUAUCACGCCUGGCUCCUAGCGGAUGCCAUAUGCAACAACUCAGGUCUAGGUUUCACCGGCUAUGAUAAGGACGGAAAUUCCAAGUGGGACCUGAUAUCAAACAUAAAUGUGCUGUCGUUCGAGUUUUCAACGAACAUGCGCGAUGCCAUCAACAACUGGAACUGCGGCACCAAUCGCUGGCUGCGAACACUUGUCUAUGAACGGGUGCCCAAGCAGUACGGCACGCUCCUUACCUUCGCCCUCAGCGCCGUCUGGCACGGCUUCUAUCCGGGCUACUACCUGACCUUCGCCACCGGCGCCGUCGUUGUGACAGCUGCGCGCACCGGCCGGCGGCUCUUCCGUCAUCGCUUCCAGAGCACUCAGGUCACGCGAAUGUUCUACGACAUCCUCACCUGCCUGAUCACACGCGUGGUACUGGGCUACGCCACAUUCCCAUUCGUUCUGCUUGAAUUUAUGGGCAGCAUCAAAUUGUACCUGAGAUUUUAUUUGUGCCUUCACAUCAUUUCACUAGUGACCAUAUUUAUUUUACCCAAGUUUAUACGCGGCGAACGCCGGCUUCGGACGUCGAAUGGCAACGGAAACGUGCGCUUGUCGGGCAGCGGCAAUACCAAGGAUGCAGUGACCACUAGUGUGGAGUCGAAAGCAGCCUCAACCGCAGCCAAUGAUCUCAACGAGGAUAGGGAGGAGGAUAAACACGCUCAAUGUAAAGCCAACACGCCCACACACCAGCAGCCAGCUGCUGGCCUACACAAAACAACCGUAGAACAACCAACCGAGCAACCAAACAAUGUAAAUCUUCCACCACGCCCACAGCAGCAGCCACAUCUUGAAAAGAAGGCAAUGCCCACAUGUGCCCGGGACGCCGUUAGUGUACCUCAUGACCAAUGCGAGAUGGAUCAGUUGUCCAGCAAGCUUAAGGAGAAAAUCGAGGCGGAGACCAAAAACAUAGAGGAGUUUAUUGAUAAGACUGUUACCGAAACCGUGAGCGGCAUAAAAGAGUUCAAGAACGACCUGAUGCGGGACAUCGAGUUCCCCAAACUAAAGCUUCCCGGCAGCAACGGCGGAAUUUAUUCGGACUCUUCAAAUAGCGGUGGGCUGCGCAAACGCAACAUAUCCUCGGUUCAUGACAAUGGCACAGAUCCUGGCCAUGCUACCGCUGACCUCCAUCCUCCCCUUGAGGAGAACGGCGCCGCCUUCCUAAAGAAGGAGAUCGAGGUAAUCAACGCGGUGGUGCAACAAGCAGUGCCGGCAGUGCUUAGCAACGGUCAUGCAAAAUAGUAGCAUUGCCCAGCAAGUGAGAGGAGAUCGAACAAAACAACGAUGACGAUGACAGUGGCACGGCAGGGAUUGGAGGCACUCAGAGGCCAAAAUGGGUGCUCCACAUCUGAUUGAUUGUUUAAUAUAUACACUGCGAGAUUUAUCCAAUACGCACACGAUGUACGCACACUACAUUCAAUUGCAACAAAUUUUUGGUUUCACAUUUAAUAAAUGGUUUUCGUUGACAAUCCUGAAGUAAAAAAAUUGUUUACACCAAUGUAAGUGUCUAGGACUGCUGAUUAUUUAAGAAAUAACUGAAAUACACUUACAUGUUUAUCAGCAGCUAAUAUCCUUGUUUAAAUGAACUAAAUGUGCACAAAAACUCUAAUUGUUGUUAAAAAAGAAGUCUAUAUACAUUUCUAGUUAUUUGUUUGUUAAUAUCCCACGGCCUGAUACGAACAGUGUGUUUUAAGCAACCCAACACAUAUCCGCUAGAGUAAUUAAAACCCACGUCAAACCCACGAGCAAAUAUAUUUUAAUGAGUUGAUUUUAAAAACACAACACAAAAACAAAAAAACGCACUGUUUGAUUCACGCAUUUUAUCGAAAACUAAUCCAUAUAUAUGUACGUAAGUCUGCAUAUGUUGAAAUGUUUACCAUAUAGUCUAUGUGCGAACCACUAAAUCAAUUUUGCAGUAUAAUUACUAAUGUAGUUCAAAUCCCGCCCGAAGGAACAACAACGUGACAAGUAGAACCAAUGAUAUCCUCUUCAAGCAAAAAAAAAAGCCUAAAACAAAAGUCAACCAAAUCCUAACUUUAGACUGAUGCUAUUGACAUUUACUAAGCAAACAAAAAGCAAAUCGUGCGUAGAUAAAGUUAGUUAGUAAGCCGUCGAGUUGAUUUUGAUAUUCAAUUUAAACCAAUUUUUGUACAAGUGCGGAAGAGUAUCUGGAAGGGAGUUCCAGCUUGCUUCCCAUUUAUAAAUCCUUUCCAAACCGGCUUUUUAGCUGGCUCUUUUUGUACAUGUUCGUGUCCUCCACUUGUGGCUUCCUACUCCGUAGCUGUUAAGCAUGCUCUUUAUAUAACCUUUUGUUUUACCCAUUAAUUUGUUAAAUCCAAUAAACGAUUUUGCCAGAAAUCCUUACACUUAAUCGAUAUAUUUUUAUAUUUAUUGUAAUAACGAGUCGAAAACAACCACUCUUACCGUGAGCGAAAUCUCAGCGCACAUACGUUUCGAUUGUCGUGGUUUUCUCCUGGAAAUGCGCCGGAGAAGAUUUCGACAGGCACAAAACACUAAGGUGUUAAGCAGUCCAGUCGCCUAAGAUAUACAAAACCAAUUUCAGCAUGAUAUUCGACAAAUAAAUCGUAUAUGUGUAA